AUGGAUGAAGAAUACUUCUAUAAGGAGAAGACUGAACUAGCUCCUGAUGCUCAAAGAGACGCUGACCACGUUUGCGACAACUUGCGUAUGAAAUUUAUCGAAGACUGGGCACUAAACAAGAACUUAGACACCUAUAAAACUGAUGCUGAAAGAGAUUGGGCUUAUAUCGUCAAAAGAGAAUACAGAUUUGCCGUAGUUUUAAGGUCCUUUUUUGAUGGCAUGUUUGUAGGGAAUCUCCUUCAACUUGCAGUCAGCUUCAACCGCAAAAGACUUGUUUUUUAUCCUUUGUUUUUGACUUGGCCUGUAGUUUAUUAUUGGCAAAUUGGGAAGAGGUUUAAUCAGCACAACACAAAUAAAAUAGCGACAUUUGGAAAAAAGGCUUUUAACCCCCAGAGACCACUGGUGCUGACGACGAAGGCAUAGUUGGUACUGAUAUUAGCUAGGGAGUUUAUCCCUAGCUAGAACUCUAGUCACUCAAGCAGCAGUCGUCAAGUCCCAAGCCUGCAUACUUCAAGGUUCCAAGACAGCAUUAAGAGCCAGGCCGAAAGCCGGAGGAGGGCUAUCUCUGGUGGAAAUGCUGACAUACCAGGGAGGUUCGCUAGCAGUUGAAUGAGUCUUCUACAAAGACUCGUCUCGGGUGAGACGUAAAAGGAGGAAGAUCCUAAUCUUUAAUUAAUGUUAAUGGUUUAAUCAGCACAACAGGCGCUUUUUUGAAAUGCUCAAUGUUGGGACAGAGUUUGAGCUUGGAGCUGAAAGAAAUCGAGUUUUAGAAGAGUGCAAUCGUAUUGCCCGCAGGGCAGACUUUUAA